AUGGACCUGGCGGGCAGUGUCUUUCUCAUCGCCUCCAAUGGCCGUAUGCUGAGCCUACCCAUCGCGAGCGAAUCACCAAAUGACCCGCUCAGCUGGGCAAAGCGGCGCCGGAUCUUUAUCGUCGUGAUUUUGCUUUUACACUCUGCUCUGUCCAUGUUCCUCAUUGAGACCCCCGGCAAUCUUUACAAGGCUUUUGCCAAGGACUUUGAUGAGAAGACCCUCCUCCAAAUCAUCGACCUGACCUUCAUAGAUGAGCGGCCUAUCGCCCUCGCUACCUUCUGGGCCUGCGGUGGCUCCCUGGCCGUCUCAUCUUUGGGGUUUCUUCCCAUGUUGAUGGACACAGCCUCGGAGUGGCGACCCUUGUUCAAGGCAGCCUCGAUCCCUGCCGCCAUCAUCGCCGUGGUCAUCUUGUUCUUUGUUCCAGAGACUUACUUCCAACGACCUCCCAUCGCCUUUGACGGGCGCGUGCUCGUGCAGUCCGGCACCGAGAAGGUCAAGAUCUACGACGACUGGUUCGACGUGCCCGGUCGCGACGACGACAACACAACCGCCGCCCUGAUCGAGGACACGCUCCCAGCCGACGAGAACACCCUCCAGUCCGGGUGGCGCGUGUCACCAUUCAGGCUCUGGCGCCGCAGCAUCGCCAACCCCAAAGCAGCCGCCGUCUGCGUGGUGCAGAUCUUCCUGUGCCUCGCGAACCCGCUCGUCUUCUGGGUGGCGCUGCUCAACGCCAUCAACUUUGGCGGCAUGAUGUCCAUCGGCACAGGGUUCCCCGUCGUCAUGGCCGCAGCACCCUACAACCUGUCGCCCGAGGAAGUGGGCCGCGUCAACUUCACCACGGGGCUGACGUCCUUGCUCGCGCUGCCUGCGAGCUACUACAUGCUCAACAACAUCAUGAAGCGCCUGACCCUGCGCAACCGUGGCGUGCGGCACGCCGAGUUCUACCUGCCCGCCUUUGUGCUCCCCGUCACGACGGGCGCCGCCAGCGUCUUCCUCUUUGGGUUCGCGGCCGAGAGGCACUGGCCCGCUGUUGUGUACCAUGUCGCCUACGGGCUCAACUCGUUCAGCUUCAUCAGCGGGAGCAUCGCCAACACCAUCUGGGUGACCGAGUCGCUGCCACAGCUGGCCGCCCCUGCGAUCGCUGUCGUCGGGGGCGUGAGCUACAUGGCGAGCUGGAGCAUCACGGCCGUGCUGCCGAUGUGGGAUGAGUCAUGGGGCCUGCUGGCUGUGAAUGUGUUUAUCGGCGUGGGCAUUCUUUUGAUCGGGCUGUUGGCGAUUCCAAUCGCCUUUUGGGGGAGAAGCGUGCGGCAGUUCAUCAGGGGACGAUGGGCUGAGUACGAGGCUGGUGCGUUGAGGCCGCAGUCGAAGGGGAGGGCUUGA